ACAUCGGCUCCAGCCCUCUCUGGACUUGCGGAUCUUCGUCUGCCGCUCUACGUGCUCCUGAACGUGCAGGCCUUCGUCAGCAACAUGAAAUCGGCCUGUCUCUCCCUGCUUUUGGUGUCUGUAUGCUGGGCUCUGCCCUUCCGUCAGUCCGGCUUUAUGGACUUUGUAAUGGAGGAUGAACCGGCUUCAGGAGAUGGUCCAGGUCCAGAAUUGCCUACCACUCGUAAACCACACGUUGAAAGACUUCCUAUGAUGCCAGAAGGACCUGAAGUACCUUUCUGCCCCUUCCGAUGCCAGUGCCAUCUGCGGGUGGCCCAGUGUUCUGACCUAGGUCUGAAGACUGUUCCAGAAAAAAUUCCACUUGAUACCACUCUCCUGGACCUGCAGAACAACAAGAUCACGGAGAUUAAAGAAAACGACUUCAAAGGCCUGAAGGGUCUCCAAACGCUCAUCUUGGUCAACAAUAAGAUCACUAUCAUUCAUGCGAAGGCGUUUUCUUCUCUGAUCAAUCUGGAGAGACUUUACCUGUCUAAGAACCUCCUGAAGGAAGUUCCUGCAAACAUCCCGAAAAGCCUGCAGGAGCUGCGCAUUCAUGAGAACCAGAUUAACAAGAUCAAGAAGUCUUCUUUCGCUGGCAUGGCCAAUGUCAUCGUCAUGGAGCUGGGCUCGAACCCUCUGAGUAGCUCCGGAGUCGAUAAUGGGGCUUUUGCUGAUCUGAAGAGGGUCUCUUACAUCCGAAUCGCCGACACCAACCUCACCUCUAUUCCCAAAGGUCUGCCCAGCUCGCUAUUCGAACUUCACCUGGAUGGAAACAAGAUCACCAAAGUGACCGCAGACAGUCUGAAGGGCCUGAAGAACCUGUCCAAGCUUGGUCUGAGCCACAAUGAGAUCAGCGUGGUGGAGAACGGCUCUCUGGCCAACGUGCCUCACCUGAGGGAACUUCACCUGGAAAAUAACGCACUCACUGCUGUCCCAGCUGGCCUAGCAGACCACAAAUACAUUCAGGUGAUCUACCUUCACUCCAACAAGAUCGCUGCUGUGGGAACAGAAGACUUCUGCCCACCAGGCUAUAAUACAAAGAAGGCCAUGUAUUCAGGCAUUAGCCUGUUCAGUAAUCCAGUGCCCUAUUGGGAGGUGCAGCCAAUCACCUUCCGCUGUGUCUUCGACCGCUCGGCCAUUCAGCUCGGCAACUACAGGAAGAAGUAGAGCGUCCGAUCAGACGACUCAGUCACUGUUUUCAUCCCGCCCCUUCCUCUCUGACAAAACCCUUUCAAGCACACAAUUUAGUCCGAAUCUCAUAUCUGAGUACCAUUCAAAACAUAGCUAACAUACAAACAAAUGUUUUGCUGAUGUUCCUAUUAAGUUGUGAAAACGUUAUGCUCUCCGAAUAUCUAGUUUUAAAAAUGUUUUUUCAGAUCAACCCGCAAUGAAAAUCUUCAAAGUCUUCAUUCACUCAUCCUUAUGUUUCUAAGAAAUGUACCUGUUCAGAACACAGAUGAAGAUAUUUUGAAUGAAUUUGAGAGAUUUUGAUGUUUUAUGAACUAAUAACAUUUUCAAAUAUGUUGUUUUUAUAACCUUAAAGGAACAUUACCAAAACAUUUCAUGUUACACUCUUAAAAAUAAAGGAUCUUUAUUGGCGUUGAUGAUUCCAUGGAACUUUUUUAUCCAACAAAAGUUGUUUGCCAUGAAAAGUAGUCCUUUUUGUUUGUACAUUACCUAAAUCAAGUGGUUCUUUAAGGAACUUUUGACUGAAAAACCUCUUUAAGAAUCCAAAAUAUCCUCUUUUUGGAUCUUCCAUCUUUAUUUUUAAGAGUGAAACCAGGAGUAGCAACAUUACUAUUUUCAACAUGCAGUUUACUAGACAGAAAUCACCUGAUAUUUCAAAUGACCAAAUCAUAUCAGUAUUGAACUGAACAUACAAACGGUGUUGCUAAAAUUGCAGGAGAGAGCAGAAUAUGUAUGAUUUUAUUUGAAGUUUGCAACAAAAAAAGGAAAGAAAGUAAAACCGUGACCACUUAGAAUAUCCAAUAGCGCACAUCAUCAUCAUCGCCCGGACGAAAUGUAGAAUUUUUGGAGGGUUGUUUUGAACCUUCUGGACAGAAGCCAUGUUGUUGAUGAUCUCCGCCUGCCUGUGGAGCGGGCAGCAAGGGUUACCACACGUCAGCCAUUAACAAGAGCUUGUAUGCUAGAAUGUACGCAGUUAUUGCUUUUCGUUUAGCUCUAGUUCGGAUUGUGCUGUUGAAAAUCCUUCUGAAAUGGGAGAAAACAGGAAGCCUCUUUGUUCUCGGUUCUUUUCUUGUUUGGUGGCAUUUGUGUUCACGAUCUCAUCUGCUCUGCCCGUAGAAUAAACUUGUUGUCAUUUCCACGAAA